GAGUUCUGCUCUCACCAGCAAGCAGAGCGCUAGGGCAGGGGUAGGGCUUCUCCGAAAAUAACUCUUUACACUUUCCAUUGCAAGACUUAAGAUCUGCAAAAGAAAUGGCACCCGCCGGAUCAAAGAAGGGCAUCCUGGAGCGCUUGAAUGCAGGCGAGAUUGUGAUUGGAGACGGCGGCUUCGUCUUCGCCCUGGAGAAGAGAGGCUACGUCAAAGCCGGCCCCUGGACUCCUGAAGCCGCAGCUGAGCACCCCGAAGCAGUGCGACAGCUGCACAGAGAAUUCCUGAGAGCAGGGUCAAAUGUCAUGCAGACUUUUACCUUCUAUGCCAGCGACGACAAACUUGAGAACAGGGGCAACACUGUCGGCUUCACUGGGGUGCAAGUAAACGAGGCUGCUUGUGACCUGGCCAGGGAGGUCGCCAAUGAGGGCGACGGCCUGGUGGCGGGCGGAGUCUCUCAGACCCCUUCUUACCUCAGCUGUAAAAGCGAGACAGAUGUGAAGGCCAUUUUCAAGAAGCAGAUGGACGUCUUCAUGAAGAAGAACGUAGACUUCCUGAUCGCAGAGUACUUCGAGCACGUGGAAGAAGCUGAGUGGGCAGUCCAAGUCCUGAAGGCCACUGGGAAACCUGUCGCUGCCACCAUGUGCAUCGGACCAAUGGGAGACAUGCACGGGGUCAGCCCCGGAGAGUGCGCCGUUCGUCUGGUGAAGGCUGGUGCCGAUAUCGUGGGUGUGAACUGCCACUUUGACCCAAAGACCUGCGUGGAGACUGUGGCUAUGAUGAAGGCAGGAGUGGAGAAGGCCGGACUCAAAGCUCACUAUAUGGUGCAGCCUCUGGCCUACCACACGCCUGAUUGUGGCUGCCAAGGCUUCAUCGACCUGCCCGAGUUCCCGUUCGCUCUGGAGCCCAGAGUGGUGACUCGCUGGGACAUACAGCAAUAUGCCAGAGAGGCCUACAAUGCUGGUAUUCACUUUAUUGGAGGCUGCUGCGGGUUCGAGCCCUACCACAUCCGUGCGAUAGCCGAGGAGCUGGCUCCAGAGCGCGGCUUCCUGCCCGAGGGCUCGCAGAAGCAUGGCCAGUGGGGAAGCGGUCUUGAGAUGCACACCAAGCCCUGGGUCCGUGCAAGAGCUCGUCGUGACUACUGGGAGAAGCUGAAGCCCGCCUCCGGCCGCCCGUUCUGCCCAUCCAUGUCCCACCCAGACAGCUGGGGCGUCACUAAAGGCCACCCGGACCUGAUGCAGCAGAAAGAGGCCACCACUCAGGAUCAGCUGCGCCCGCUGUUCGCCAAGUCCGAAACCAAGUGAGGGGUGUGGAAUAUGAAUGAAGGAAAAACCUGACACUCACCUGUGCCACCAGAGUGUGGGAAACGACGAGGAGAGGAGAGAUUGAAGAAGACAACACCUCAUUCUCUUACUUGGUCUCUUUCUUUGUUUGUUUGUGUAUUAUCAGAAACACAUUGUUCAUAUUGCUAUGUUUUUCCAGGACCAUUUUUCUAUUAAGUCGAUUCCACCCGUCUGAUGACUCUAGACGGUACUUUUAAAUCUCGGCAUGACCACCUUUCAGCCGUUGUUUUGAAAAUUCCAGGUUUGCUGAACACUCCAGGUUUUCAGUGUUUGGUCAAGUCAUGAUUUCUUGAGGUUUAGCGUUCUGUUGUUGACUUAAUGCUUCAUUAAACAGUUCAAUACAA